ACAAACUGGCCGCACUAUGACGUCAGAAGGCGAGAACGACGGAGGAGACGACAGGCCGGCUGAUCUGGAUCACGUGACCACCACAGAGCUGGGACACGUGACGUCACAAACCAACGGAGCGGCGCCUCAUCAUGACGUGAAAUCAGCAGAGCUGGACGACAUGAUGACAGAGGCUGAGUGCGUGACGCCAGAGACGGCCGUGGUGACGUCAGAGGCCGACUGCGAGACGCCAGAGACGGCCGUGGUGACAUCGGACGCCCGCUCCGGGUGGGUGAUCGUGGCCAUCAGCUUUUUCCUCCACAUGCUGACUGUGGGCACGCUGUUCUCCCUGGGAGUCCUCUACGUCUCCUGGCUGCAGGAGUUUGGCGAGAGCAAGGGGCUCACCUCCUGGGUUGUCUCCCUGGGAAUGUUGCUGCUCAGCAGCACUGGUGUCGGAUUCGGCUUUAUCUACCUGCCGGCAGUGACAAUGGUGGCCGAGUACUUCAGUAAACGCCGCGCUGUGGCUUACGGUAUCGCCACAGCCGGAGUCGGUAUCGGAGGCUUUGUACUCUCUCCGUUCAUCAACUGGCUGGAGUUUGAGUACGGGUGGCGAGGCACGGUACUCAUCAUGGGCGGGAUCCUGCUCAACUUCAGCGUCUGUGGGAUGCUCAUCCGACUGAUACCGCCGCCAAAAAUAGCAAAGGCGAUAAGUAUUGACGUCAUCAUCAAUGAAAACGAGAUGUCCGAAGAGGAAAGACAAGCGCUUGUAGGGGAUGAUGCUGUCGAGAAGCAGAGUGAUACAUCUUGUGUGAAAUACAGCGAUACUGUGAAGACUGCGGAUUAUCAAGAUGGUGGUGAUGGAGGUGAUAAAGAAAGUUCCUCCAUCAAAGACCUUACAGCGUCGCGAGAACAUUGCCCGGUGAUCAUUAAGGUCGUAGAUACGACAUGCGGCGCAGAAAACUCACCCGAGUACAGUUCACCCUCUCCCUACCCCGAGAAGCGACAGCAGGGACAUAAUAACGCGCUGCUUUCAAGACUACUUAAGUCAUUCCCUGAACACAGAGACGGAGCCCCGCUAGGUGGCAGCAUGCGGCAUAUUCCCGCCAAAUCCAGCAUGUCUCAGGACACUGCGCGCCAAUUCUCCAGUCAGGCAGAGCUGGGGAAAACCCCCAAUCACGCGAACAAACCCCGCCUGGGCGUUCCCCGAUCCGCCAGUUCAGGGAUCCCCAAAAUAUUCAGGGACGCGGACUGGCUAUUGGCUGGUAGCGUCCACAGCUUGUACCUCAUCGGCAAAGACGAGAAGCGGCGAGCCGACUUGGAAGAGGAGAGAACCCGCUUGAUACCAGCAGAAGAGAGCCACCCUCUCGUGGAGGGGGGCGACGACCCUGAAGCAGCAGACAACAAACUCGCUUGCUCUAAGGGAAGCCUGAAAAUGUCGCAGGAUUCCCUGAAAAUCGGCUGGCGUGGACGCUUUAUGAUUAUACUUCGUGGGUGGAUUAAGUUCUUCUCUCUACUCCGAGACCCUACGUUCCAAUUCUUAGCUCUAAGCAACGGUCUAACCAGUCUGUCUUUCUUCAUGCCCGUCCUCUACAUGGUAGACCGCGCGGUGUAUCACGGUAUAGACAAAACCUCGGCCGCCAUGCUUCUCUCCAUCAACGGAGUGGGGAAUGUGUUUGGCCGGUUCAUCAUCGCGGCGUUGGCCGACGUGCCGUGGAUAGACUGUGUGGUUCUUGACGCCGUAAACCUUUCCCUGUGUGGGACGGGUACCUGUCUGAGCGCCUUUUGUGGAUCCAGCUACGCGCUGCACGCCGUCUACGCCGCCUUCUUUGGCUUCACAAUGGGAGGCUACGUGUCCCUAGCCCCAGUGGUGACAGUAGAGCUGAUGGGCGUGGCCAGGGUGGGCCAGGCCUACGGAAUCCUGCUCAUCUUCAUUGGUCUAGCCGGAGGACUGGGCCCGCCCCUUGCAGGUGAGCCAAUGAUGAGUGGUGUGUGUGCCUAA